GCUCCUCAGAGGCAGGCAAAGGCGGGGCCAGCGGGGGGACCUGCUGCUAGGAGAGCAGCGGCCCGAGCCGGGGCCAUGGCGAAGCUGCUGAGCUGUGUCCUAGGUCCCCGGCUCUACAAAAUCUACCGGGAGAGGGACUCAGAAAGGGCCCCGUCCAGCGUCCCCGGGACUCCAACUUCAGUCAGUAAUCCCCCUUCCAGCUCCUGGGAUACGUAUUAUCAGCCCCGUGCCCUGGAGAAACAUGCAGACAGCAUCCUGGCACUGGCUUCAGUCUUCUGGUCCAUCUCUUAUUACUCCUCUCCCUUCGCCUUCUUCUACCUGUACAGGAAAGGUUACUUGAGUUUGUCCAAGGUGGUGCCAUUUUCUCACUAUGCGGGGACAUUGCUGCUGCUGCUGGCAGGCGUUGCCUGCCUCCGAGGCAUUGGCCGCUGGACCAACCCCCAGUACCGACAGUUCAUCAGCAUCUUGGAAGCCACACAUCGGAACCAGUCUGCAGAAAACAAGAGGCAGCUGGCCAACUACAACUUCGACUUCAGGAGCUGGCCGGUGGACUUCCACUGGGAGGAGCCCAGCAGCCGGAAGGAGUCCCGGGGCGGCCCCUCCCGCCGCGGUGUGGCCCUGCUUCGCCCCGAGCCCCUGCACCGGGGAACAGCGGACACCUUCCUCAGCCGGGUGAAGAAGCUGCCCUGCCAGAUCACCAGCUACUUGGUGGCACACACGCUGGGGCGCCGGAUGCUGUACCCUGGCUCCGUGUACCUACUCCAGAAGGCCCUCAUGCCAGUGCUGCUGCAGGGCCAGGCCCGGCUGGUGGAGGAGUGUAAUGGGCGCCGGGCAAAGCUGCUGGCCUGUGAUGGCAACGAGAUUGACACUAUGUUUGUGGACCGGCGGGGGACAGCUGAGCCCCAGGGACAGAAACUGGUGAUCUGCUGUGAGGGGAACGCAGGCUUCUACGAGGUGGGCUGCGUCUCCACGCCCCUGGAAGCUGGCUACUCAGUCCUGGGCUGGAACCAUCCAGGCUUCGCAGGAAGCACGGGUGUGCCCUUCCCACAGAACGAGGCCAAUGCCAUGGACGUGGUGGUCCAGUUCGCCAUCCACCGCCUGGGCUUCCAGCCUCAGGACAUUAUCGUCUACGCCUGGUCCAUCGGCGGCUUCACGGCCACAUGGGCAGCCAUGUGCUACCCGGACAUCAGUGCGGUGGUCCUGGAUGCUUCCUUCGAUGACCUGGUCCCCUUGGCCUUGAAGGUCAUGCCUGACAGCUGGAGGGCCCUGGUGACCAGGACAGUGAGGCAGCAUCUGAAUCUAAACAACGCAGAGCAGCUGUGCAGGUACCAGGGCCCAGUGCUGCUGAUCCGGAGAACCAAGGAUGAGAUCAUCACCACCACGGUCCCCGAAGACAUCAUGUCCAACCGAGGCAACGACCUCCUGCUGAAGCUCCUGCAGUUCCGGUACCCCAGAGUGAUGGCCGAGGAGGGCCUCCGUGUGGUUCGGCAGUGGCUGGAGGCCUCCUCCCAGCUGGAGGAAGCCUCCAUCUACAGCCGCUGGGAGGUGGAGGAGGACUGGUGUGUGUCCGUGCUGCGCUCCUACCAGGCAGAGCAUGGACCCGACUUCCCCUGGAGUGUGGGGGAAGACAUGAAGGCUGAGGGACGCCAGCAGUUGGCUUUGUUUCUGGUGAGCGGGCCCGGAAGCAUCUGCACAACUUUGAGGCCACACACUGCACUCCACUUCCAGCGCAGCACUUCCAGAUGCCCUGGCGCCUCUAGGGUCCACAACGGACCUGUCUGGAAGGAGGACGGGAGGGGCCUCGAAGGGCCUCGGUUUGUGAUGUGUGUGUCGCUGCUCACAUUGAUUGUGUGUGACAGUGGGGGCCACAUCCCCGCCACUGCUCCCUGUGCACGUGCUCCCUCACCACACACCCUGCAUUAAGUGAAUGCAUUCUUCCUAAUAAUUAAUAAAAAGGUAUUUUUUCUACUGUC